AUAGAUGACAACCUUAGGAAAUUGUGACGGUGCUGUAGGUUAUGGGAUCAACCGAGACAGUGAAGUUUGGAUGAAGGGCUUUUAGUGGUUAAAAUUCGUCUAACAAACCAUUGUUGACUCUGCUGUCUCUUGGAUUGACUACCUUUUAAAUACAGCCACAGUUUUUCAUAUGCUGUGCUAACGAAUAAUACGGUAACAUCUCGUGUACAAAUACAUAAGGCUUAAAUUUUAAAUUCAUUGUUAACAUUGACGUACAGUUUAAUACAAUUAUACGAAGUAAGUAUGGCUGAAAAACUGGAAGACUUGAAUUUGCCAAACGCCGUAGUAACAAGAAUAAUUAAAGAGGCUCUACCUGAUGGUGUUAACAUUGCCAAGGAAGCAAGAACAGCAUUUGCAAAGUCGGCAUCAGUGUAUAUUUUGUACAUAACCUCUGCUGCCAAUAUGGAAGCAACAGGCAAUAACCGGAAAACCAUCAGCGGACAAGAUGUAUUGCAGGCGAUAGGGAAUGUAGAAUUUAACAAAUUUUUGGGUCCUCUGCAAGAUGUACUGGAAUAUUUUAGAAAGAUGCAAAAGGGGAAAAAGGAUGCAACUGCGAAGCGUAAAAUGCAAAAAGGAAGGAAAUCAGAAGAUCAAAAUGGAAAUGAAGUUGGAGAUAAGGACAAUAGCAUGGAGGCUGAAUUAUAUAAUGGCUUAGAAACUAGUUCUGAUGUGAUAUAUGAUUCUGCUGAUCAGUGAUUAUAUAUUGUUUCAUAUAAAGAGACUAACAAUUCCAGAAGUCAUGCUUCAUUAUUUUCACCCAUGUGAAUCAUGUUUAUUGAUCCAGGUAGUUACACUUCAGCUGGAGAAAUAAACUUGUCUGUAUACAUUU